UUAGGAGUUGGAUUGGGGAGUGCCCUUAUUUUAAUGCUUUCCUUCAGGAAGAAACCAAUGAUCAGAAAAAUUAUGGCUUUGAUUCAGCAGAGGAGCAAACAUUUCGAUGGUGAAAUAAAAAUGGAGGGACUCGUCUUUUCUAGAAGAUACACUUAUGAAGAAAUCAAGAGGAUGACCAACUCUUUUAGAGAAAAGUUAGGCGAGGGCGGCUAUGGCAUUGUGUACAAAGGCAAGAUUCGAGAUGGUCAACUUGUGGCAGUGAAGCUUCUUAAGAAGCUAACAGGUGAUGCAGAAGAAUUUUUCAAUGAAAUUGUGAGCAUAAGCAAGACUUCUCAUGUCAAUGUUGUUAGCCUCUUGGGGUUCUGUUUUGAAGGAAGUAAAAGAGCUUUGGUUUAUGAAUUCAUGCCUAAUGGUUCACUCGAAAAGUUCAUAUUCAACAGGAGUAACACUUUGGAGGUAGAUCAACAAUUAAGUUGGGACACAUUGUUCAAGAUUUCACUCGGCAUAGCUCACGGGCUAGAGUACUUGCAUAGAGGUUGCAAAACAAGGAUCUUGCACUUUGACAUAAAGCCUCACAAUAUUCUCCUUGACAAAAACUAUUGUCCUAAGAUUUCCGACUUUGGUCUUGCCAAAAUAUGUCUGAGAGAAGAGAGCAUCGUGUCAAUGCUAAGUGCUCGGGGCACCAUUGGAUACAUUGCUCCUGAGUUGAUCAUAAGGAACAUCGGAGGGGUUUCUCACAAAUCAGAUGUCUAUAGCUACGGCAUGAUGGUUUUGGAGAUGGUCGGUAAGAGGAGAAACAUCGAAUUCACGGGAGAUAGUACCAACGAAAUAUACUUUCCUCAUUGGGUCCAACAACGCCUAGAGCUCCAAGAAGAGCUUGGGCUGCGUGGGAUCACGAACGAGGAGGAUGAAGAAAUUGCAAAGAAGAUGAUUGUAAUAGGCUUAUGGUGCAUUCAGAUCGAACCGAGAGCUCGACCAUCUAUGACCCAAGUUGUGGAGAUGCUAAAAGGAAGUGUUAAGGCCUUGCAAGCUCCUCCCAAACCAACGUUGUCAUCUCCCUCAAGAUUGCUUAUCUAGCUAAAAGUUCGUCAAUGUAAAAGAGUAAU